CCUUCUGCAGCAAGUUACAAGCCAAACUUUCCUCUUCCUUUUCCUUUCCUUUGCUCUCCUCGCUCCUCUUAUCAUCUCCUCCUACCCGCCCUGCUCCCGUGCUGCCACCAACAACGCGAUCACCAGUUCACCACCACCGCCACGCGCGCGCUGUCUCCAAACACAGACGCAUAAACCCUAGCAAGCCAACACGGAGGAAGAGCGAUCGAUCGAGCAGCGGAGAAAGCUUCGCCUCGCCACCAUGCGGCGAUCGGAGUGGGAGGACCGGUGGUGCAAGCGGCACCCGGAGCACCGGCUGUCCAAGGGCGUGUGCCCCUACUGCCUCCGCGACCGCCUCGCCCACCUCUCCGCCUCCUCCUCGGCCACCACCACGACGCGCGCCUCCUCCUCCGCCGAAUCCAGCGGCUACUCCUCCGGCUCGCCUCCCUGCUACGGGGCCCUCUCGGCCGACGUCAGCUCCGUACACGUGGUCGGCGCCGCCGGCUCGUCCUUCGCCAACGUCGCCGCCUUCUCGCAGCCGCUGAUGCCGAGCUCGGUUAGUCGGAAACCAGCCGGAGGGGGGCAAGAAGAGCCGGGAAGGGAGGCAUCUGGUAAGGGGAAGCAGCAGGAGGUGAAGAGGAAGAAGAGCGGGAAGAAGAAGAAGAUUGGGAGGUUCCUGUCGAGGCUCGUCGGAGCGGAGAAGCGGCGGCAAUCAGGGGACGCCGAUGGCGGCGAUCUCUUCCAUUCCAAGACCAUGAAGGAGAAGACGGCGCACAAGUGGGUAUUUUUCUGAUCAAACGUUGCCGCCACCGCAUGCAAACUAUGGAUCGUAAAUUCCAUGCUUGGUUGUUAUUCUUGCCUACCUUUUUUUUUAAAAUUUUUAGGGGGCUUUCACUCUAAACUAUUCUCAAGUAUUUUUGUGUUUGAUUUUGACUUUUUUUUUAAAAAAAAACAAGAAGAAUUUUGGGAUCCUGUAUGUAUACGAGCAGAAGUUUAUAAUUAUUAACCUGUCAAUGAUUUGUACUUGACCACAACGGGGGAUUGCAAAUCGUUACUCUGUAAAGCUAGAAAAAUAUAAGGAGACAGUGUAUACGGGUGUAAAAUUAGGCAUCUGUACAGUAUCUUGUAUAGUUUCAAUUAUAAGUUUCAUUUCUCGAAUUCAUGCAUGAUCUUAUAGUUUUGACUAUUUAAUUUGCUUAUUUGUAUGUAGAAAUCACAAUUUUCCAGUUGUACUGCUCGUUAAUUUAAGUUACCAGUUAAUUGCCA